AUGGCUAGAAAUGCACUGAAUAACCUAAGAAAAGCCCUACAAAAAUCCUAUGCAGAAAAACGAUUUAAGGAAGCGGAUGGAAAUUAUAGAAAAAUAUGGAAUACAAUAAAUGAAAUUGGUGGAAGAAAAACUCAAGCUAUACAAAAAAUAAGAAAUCUGAAAGACGAAAGUGGAGAGAUCUUGGACAAUGCUAAGGAGAAAGCAAAUGCUUUUAAUAAAUAUUUCUCAACCAUAGGCCAACAGUUAGCUGCACAGAUUAAACAUGUUCCAGAUGGAAGAUUUACAGAAGAAGAAGUGUCAGAAUCAAUUUUUCUUGAGCCUACAACUCAUUCAGAACUGAAAUCUGUAAUAAUAAAUUUAAAAAGCUUUAGUGCACCAGGAGAUGAUGGCAUAACUAAGAGUGACCUAAUAACUUGUUUUAGUAUUAUUGAAAACCCUUUAAUUAAACUGAUAAAUGAUGCCCUAGAAACUGGUAUAUACCCAGAAGAAUUAAAAAUUGGAAAAAUAAUACCCAUCUACAAGAAAGGCCCCCAAACAGAUAUUGGCAAUUAUAGACCAAUUACACUAUACGUUAUCCAAGAUUCUAGAAAAAAUUAUCAAGAACCGUCUGAUCAACUUUAUAGAAAAAACAUUUAA